CGUUCCUCUCCUUCCUCACCAUUCACAUUCAACACCAUCACCAUUUCUCUGUUUCUACCUACCCGGAAAAAAAAAAAACAAAACUUUCUCCACCUAUAAGAACAACUUUGAUUCUUCAACACCUACCUAAUAACCUCAUAAUCCUCAUCAGAAAUUCAGAAUACCAACUGGGUAUCUGCUAUUUUCUAUUGAGAAUCACUCCUGCAUGAUCGUUUAGACACAGAAAAGAAGAUAAAAUUUUCAAAACUAUGGGUUCUGAAGCAAGUCCUACACCUAGGCUCCCCCUGUUUUCGCUUCGAAGCAAGUCAAAUGAGCCACAAGGGUUACCGACUCCACCUAUCCAUACCUUAGCCUCAGUUCCAUUCCAGUGGGAGGAAGCACCAGGAAAGCCCCGACCCUGCACCACCACCAACGAGCAGCAGCCCAAGUCGAAGACUGCAAGAUGCCUAGAGUUGCCUCCGAGGCUGUUAUGUGAAGCCAAAGUCAAUAACCUUCCCUCUCCUACCACUAUCUUGGAUGGACCUUAUUUGGGUCACUCUCGGUCUCGCUCUAGGUCGCUGUCGUUUGGGAAAGGAAUGUCGUCCUUUAGUAGCUUAGAGAACCUGGGCAGGAGAGGAAAUAAGGGGAGAAUGAUAUUUGGGUCUAGCCGGUGGGGGAGUUUUAGAAGGAAUAAAGAGGUUGUUGAAGGCAGUGUUGACUUUUCAUCUUCCCCAGUUUUUGAUAGUGGUGAUGGUGGUCUUAGUACAAAGGUGAAAAUCACAAGGAUUAGAAGGAAGUCCAGCUUCUUGAGUUUCUCUUCCACAAGAUCACAUUUGUGGAAGCCAUUGAUUUUCUUGAUUGAUUCCUGGGGAAGUACUUCACUUGAAAAAUUUCCAAAACAAUGCGUGCGCCUUGGAAGCUUACAAACAUCUAUGAAAGCUUUAAGCAGGUGGUCCCAUGGAGACGUAGGCAGCAGAGAAAUUGAGACAGAUAAUAAGCCAGUAAUUUAUCACCAAAUGCCAACUUUUGAUCUUCUAGACCUGGUAAAGUCCAAUUCCAAGUGGUGUGCUCUAAUUCCCCUGCCAUGUUUGGUUGAAAUUUUGUAUAUAUAGGAACAAUGUUGAAGACAAUAGUUCCUGCUUAGUUAAUUUGAUAAUGUAAUAAUAUUUGGAUAAAUGCUGCCAACUUAGUAUCAUCUGAUGUUUACUUAAUAUUACUAAUGAAUUUGCUUAAAUGUCAACUGAUACGAUUAACUAUUAUUAUGCAUAUACUUUUCUCAA